GUGUUUAUGACAGCUCAAGUGUCGAGAUAUUGUUCUAUAUAAAAUAAAACAGUUUGGCACUUAGUUUUUAUUUGACAGCUGAGCGCAGUCUUGUCUUUGUUUGUAUUUUAUCAUUGGAUUUUUGGUGUGUUUUCUUUAUUUUGCUGACAAUAAAAUGACAAAUUGGGAUACUAAUGAAGAAAUCCAAAUAUUUCGCGAAUAUUUGCGCAUUCCGAGUGUACACCCAGACAUCGAUUAUGAGCCAUGUGUUGAGUUUCUCAAGCGGCAGGCCAAAAGUUUAGACCUUCCAGUAUCGAUCCACUAUCCGGUGAACGAUAAAAACCCCAUCGUAAUUUUAACAUGGGUCGGUGAGCAGCCAAAUCUUCCAUCCAUCGUCUUGAAUUCUCAUAUGGAUGUCGUACCAGUGUUCGAAGAACAUUGGACGCACAAACCGUUUGACGCUGACAUCGAUGAAGAUGGAAAGAUUUUUGCACGUGGCGCUCAAGAUAUGAAAUGCGUUGGUGUACAAUAUCUAGCGGCUAUUCGAGCACUAAAACGAGAUGGUGUGAAACAGCUCAAAAGGACGAUUCAUGUCAUAUUUGUGCCAGAUGAAGAGGUCGGAGGUUACUUUGGAAUGGCCAAAUUCGUAACAACCGAUGAGUUUAAAGCAUUGAACGUUGGAUUUUCGCUAGAUGAAGGCAUUGCUUCGCCAACGGAGGAGUUUAAUCUCUAUUACGCAGAGAGAACUAUUUGGCAGAUUGAAUUCAUUUGCCAUGGCCAAUCAGGUCACGGGUCAAUGCUGUUUAAAAAUACCCCCGGAGAAAAGAUUCACUAUCUUGUCGAUAAAUUGAUGAGCUUCCGUAAGGUUGAAGCCGCCAAAUUGGAGAAUAAUGCAAAUGUGGAUCUUGGCGACGUAACAACUGUUAAUAUGACCUUGCUCAAGGGUGGUGUCCAAGGCAAUGUUGUUCCACCGGUACUGAGUGUAGUAUUUGACAUUCGCAUUGCCAACGAUAUCAAACUUGAUGAAUUUGAAAAGACUAUCAACCGUUGGUGUGAAGAGGCUGGAGGCAAUAUCGAACUCAAUUAUAUACACAAGAAUCCACAGGCGCCAGUCACAGCAAUUGAUGAUUCAAAUCCCUAUUGGUUGGCCUUCAAAAAAGCAAUUGAUGAAUUAAAUCUAAAGAUGAAAACUAAAGUCUUCCCCGGUGGAACCGAUAGCCGAUACAUUCGCAGGCAAAAUAUACCUGCACUUGGUUUCUCGCCUAUGAAUAAUGUUCCUGUUUUGCUGCACGAUCACGAUGAGUACGUUCGAUGUGAGACUUAUCUGGCUGGAAUUCAGAUUUAUAAAAAAAUCAUACCAAAUUUGGCCAAUGUUUGAUUUGAAAUACCAACUUAUUCCAAUAGAUCUUUAGUUUUAAACACAAACUCUUGUGAAGAAAAACUUUUUUGAUUUAUUUCCAAUAAAACAAUAGCUUGUUUACAAACACUUGAA